AACAGAAAAUCGGAUUAUGGUGAACCGACCAUUGAAAUGCUAAAGAAUUUUAAGGAUUUUUAUGUACACGACGUACAAAAAGGAGCGUCGAAUAAUGCACCUCGGUAGCUCACUUUUAUCUAGGAGGUUCGAUCAUCGGAUGACAGGUUCUCCAGUGGAACACGAGCAACCAUCUACAGGCGCAUCCGAGCGGAACAUAUAAGUCGAGAUAUAAGUUUAACAUCGAGAUUCGUUGAAGCAGCAAUUAACGCGACGCAUUAAGGGUCGUAAUCUUGGACGAUUGACGUAUCCUUAGAGCGGGAUCUCGCGACCAGUUGUGCCGAACGGUGGUGGCGAAAGAGUUCGACGGAAAUUAUACCGUCAAGAUUGUAAUCACGCGCUCACGCGACCGCGCGAGCAGCUCGCCCAGGUGCGAUCAGGUUUCGCUCCAAGAAGAAAUCUCGCUCUUUCAGAGCAUUCUCUACAGCGUCGCGCUACGCUGCACCGCGCCGUGUCGUGCCGGGAAAGAAGUCAUCCAACAUAAGAAGUGGAGCUACCCUCUUUUCCCAAGGAGACAAUUCCAUUGGUCCAAUUCGCUCAAAAAUAAUCUUUGAUACGGGAAUUUACGAUUACGAGUCGGAAAACCAUACUGGGGAACAGAAAGAAGAAGGAGGCGUCGAGUAGCGCUCGAUUUACGGCCCGAUCCUCUUCACGCAAUUCGAGAAACCAGGCUAAACCAAUUAUGCGAGACGGUGGAUGUUAUGGGUCGCAAAAUGAGACGUGAAACGAUGUGGAGUCGUAUCAUGCGAGGAAGGAGAGAAAUGUUUCCGUUCAGAGGGCUAUUUACGAUUCAAAGGACGAGAACCUGUCACGGCGAUUCUCGAUAAGAAGGCAAGAUCGAUUCGCAUCGUGAUCGGUAUUAUCGCGGAAGGACGAGCGAGAGAUACGGGAUUAUCUCCGACGAGCUGGGGUGCAAUUAUCUCUGAAACUUAACGACUGCGGCUUGCUUCGUUCCGGGGGUAAAGGAGAAGGAUGACGAUGCGCGGCAAUGGUCCACUCGUGAUCUUGCGAUCGCUGAUGGUCGCCGCCGCUGCUACGACGGUACCAGGGACUUGGAUAAACCUGGGUUUACGACACUUGCCGCAACUGGAAUCGGCGCAAACGAUGGAGCCGUUUGAUGCGAGUGCCUCCACGAUCUGCGUCGGUCUGAAGGGCUUGUCUCAGGGCCAAGGGAAGCUCUGCCAGCUGUCUGUGGAUCACAUGUUCAGCGUAGCCAAGGGCGCGAAAUACGGCGUUAUGGAGUGCCAGCAUCAGUUCAAGGACAGAAGAUGGAACUGCUCCACCGUUCACGAUGAGACCGUGUUCGGUCCAAUACUUAGAAUAGCGAGCAGGGAAACCGCGUUCGUUCACGCGAUCACCGCCGCUGGAGUGGUCUAUUCCAUCAGCCGUUCCUGCCGAGAUGGCCACCUGUCGUCGUGCGGCUGUUCCAGGAGUAACAGGCCCAAAGAUCUAAAACGCGAUUGGAUCUGGGGCGGAUGCGGGGAUAAUCUCGAAUACGGCUACAAAUUCACGCAGGCAUUCGUUGAUGUACGGGAGCGAGAACGCAGUUUCAAAAGAGGCAGCCGAGAGCAGGGCAGGAGCCUGAUGAAUCUGCACAACAACGAAGCCGGUCGCAGGGCCGUCGUCAAAAGGUCUAAGGUGACGUGCAAAUGUCACGGCGUUUCCGGAAGCUGUAGCCUGAUUACCUGCUGGCAGCAGCUCGCAUCAUUUCGUGAGAUCGGUGAUUUUCUCUUGGACAAGUACGAUGGUGCGACCGAAGUCAAAGUCAAUCGGCGCGGUCGUUUGUCGAUGCGCGAUCCUAGGUUCUCCGUGCCCACUGCGAAUGACUUGGUCUACCUGGAUGACUCGCCGAACUACUGCCUUCCGAAUGAUACCCUGGGAUCACUAGGUACGCAGGGCAGAUUAUGCAAUAGGACCUCGUCCGGGAUGGACGGUUGUAAUCUCCUUUGCUGCGGCAGAGGAUACAACACGCAGAAAUCGACCAUCAGGGAAAGAUGCGAAUGCAAGUUUCACUGGUGUUGCUUCGUCGAGUGCAAGACCUGCGUAAAGAAUAUCGAUAUACACACUUGCAAAUAG